AUGGCUCCUAGAUAUACCACCAUCCAGCCUUCAUUGCCAGUCUCGUCGAUUCCUGAGGCACUGGAGUACUAUACCGGCCGCCUCGGCUUCCGCCUAGCGGGCCGCGACGGAGACAACCACUGCUGGGUACAACUAGUGGACGACACCAGCGUCUCGAAGUGGGAUGCUUCUGUCAACAUCUACCUGCGCCGCCGGGGCUUUCCAGAUGUUGAGAACGAUGUCCAGUUUGGCAAGGUCUAUAUCCGCAUCGACGGGGACAAUGACGAGCUGGAGAAGCUGAGGGACACGCUCAAGGCAAACGAGGCCAAAAUCAGGGGUGAUAUCGAGACCAAGCCUUGGGGUCUGAGGGACCUGGUAGUUGAGGAUCCGGAUGGUAAUGUCAUCACCUUCAACCAGAGGGUCAAGAACUUCCAGAUGCCUUCAAACACGAUUUUUGCGGGCUCUUCGAAGGGACAGAAUUGA